CUUUGGCUAUCGGCGUUGAAUAUCGGCAGGCACAAGCCCGGAGAGCAACGGCAGUCAUAAAAGCGACUCCCAAGCGGAUCGAACACCCACGAAAAAUAUAAAAUCGCGACGAAAACUACCAACUAACUUCAACGAAAAUUCAUAGAGCAAGCAGAAAUAGCAAGCGGAAUACAUUUUACAAAACACCAGCGAACAUCUUAGUAAAAUGCAAGUCCAGCGUCUGCUCAUCCUGACCUUUGUCGUUCUGGCCAUGAUCUUAGCCCAAAGCCCCCGGAUAACGGAAGCCCGCCGCCUGAUCUUCUACAAUCCGCAUACCAAGCCACUCACCAGUCAGCUCCUCGUGUCCCGCAGGCUCACGAAACCCUGUCCCGCCGGAAAAAUGAGGGAUCACCGGGAUCGGUGUCGUCGCGCCGUAAUCUUUGGACGCAGCACCUGAACACCAAGCAGAAAAAUCUCCCUUUUUUAGUAGUAGACAUUUUUUUUUUUUGACCUAGUCGUAAACUAACUUAUUUUAGUCGUAGUUACGUCACAAUGUGACCGUCGAAGUAUUUAUUACAAUAUUUAUUUUGUAGCUAGUAAUAAUGAUAAGUAAUAAACCGAUGUCGAUAAAGAUAAAAAACCAUGGUGUCGCCUCAAUUGCGCAAAAUGUUUGCUUAAACGUAUUACAUUACGAAAGUUUGCCGUGGCAUAAGAAAAGAUAUUUAUUCAAUAAAUAGAUUGCAGAGAGAAAAUUCUGUAUAAGCUGCAAAAAAGUGACCAAGAAGUUGCAAAAAAAUUGUGUAAAAUGGCGUGCAAAUUGCCUAAUGUAAAGGGAAUACAGUAAAUUCUAAA